CCUCGGGCCGAAACAUCCUAAACGGCAGGGAGACCCUGACCCACCACACCGACCAAAGCAGAGAGCGAAGCAAAUCGUCGAACACAUGGAGGUCAUGGCCACGGACCCCUUGUCGCCGGCGCCGUACCACCACACCGUGGCGGACGAGGCGGCGGCGAAGGGGAUGAGGACCCCCUCGCCGUCGCCGUCGGUGCAGGUGUCCGGGCACUCGCUCCACGACCUGCUCCUGUUGUCCCCGCCGCCCCUGAGCUCUCGGAGCCGACACCGGUUGAGGACGCGGGGCGUGGACGAGAGCCUGGAGAUGGUGGCGGCGGGGACGCCGACGCCGCCGAGGCGGAGGAGGCGCGGGGCGGGGGAGCAGUGCGCGGCGCCCGCGUUGGCUUCCCCGAGGAACGCGCGGCGGGCGAGGCGGAGGCUGGAGAAGGAGGUCGAGAACGAGGAGGACGCCGCCAGGAGGGCCCGCAGGAGGAAGUCCACCAGAGCGGCCCCGAAAACUGCAACGGCCGCGGACAAGGCGGCGGCGGCGAACGAGGAGGAUACAAGCUUGGCUUUGGUCUCGGCUUGUCAAGAUGCUGCUCGUGACACAGGAACCGACUUCGUGGAGCAUUCUGGGUGGGAAGCUCUCUGGGAAAGGAUAGUUGAGUUGGUGAUGUGGAGGAAUGUGGCAAAAUCAGCACUAUGGUUCGGGUUUGGAUCUAUGUUCUUCUUCUCGUGCUCAUUUUCCAGAGAGAUCAACUUCAGCCCGAUCUCUGCUCUCUGUCACCUUGGUGUUAUGAUAUUGGGCUUAGCUUUCUUCAAAGAUUCCGUUCCUCAGAGGCCGCAGGUGGAGAGAGGGAGGAGCUUCCAAUUGACUGAAGAAGACGUCCUUCGUGCUUCCCGAGUUGUGCUGCCGAUUGCAAACUCCAUGAUAUCUACGGCACAAGUGAUCUUCUCCGGUGAACCACUGAUGACUCUCAAAGUAUUACCUGUUCUUCUGUUUGGUGCUAAAUAUGGGAGUCUGAUUACAGUCUGGAGGCUUCUAGCUACAGCAUUUUUCACCAGUUUUACACUCCCAAAGCUUUAUAGCUGUUAUUCAAGUCAAAUUCAUAAAAGAGUUGAGAUUUUGGCAGAUCGGAUUCUAGAAGCAUGGAAGUCUUGCCAUCGCAAGAAACUUGUUGCAGCCACAGCAGUGACAAUGUGCUGGAACAUGUUCAGUGUGAAGACACGCGUCAUGGCAGCCUUUGUUUCACUUGUUAUACUGCGCUAUAAUCAGAAAUACCGCAAGGCUGAUAUGAACCAAGAAGUUGAAAGUUGCCAAGACGAGCAAGGGCAGAAAAUGGAGAUGGACGAUUAAAUUUUGCAAUGUAUGUGCCAUUUCAGGUCAUAACUCACCUGUUCCGCAUACGCUACUUUUUCUAUAUGAUCCGCUACUAUUUCUGUAUUAUUAAUAUUGAGUUCUACGUCUAGUGGUUCUAGUAGCUACAAUGCAUCAGGGGAGCUUCCGCUGUGCCAAAAGAAAAACUAUGCUGUAAAUGAAAUAACUAUCAGCCUUCGUGUGUAUUAUGCAGAGCGCUCUCUGGUCUAUGGUUA